UGGGCAGCGGAAACCCUAAGCAGAGACAUCGCAGAGACAGGCGUCUUCGUACUCGCCUCUCGCUGCGCCUCCGAGCUUUCGCCUUCCCCCUUCACCAUACACAUUUCGCAGUCCAUCCGCACCGAUCCGCCACCAUGAGGGAGUGCAUCUCGAUCCACAUCGGCCAGGCUGGUAUCCAGGUCGGAAACGCGUGCUGGGAGCUCUACUGCCUCGAGCAUGGCAUUCAGGCUGAUGGACAAAUGCCUGGUGACAAGACCGUUGGAGGAGGUGAUGAUGCUUUCAACACCUUCUUCAGUGAGACUGGUGCGGGGAAGCAUGUCCCCCGUGCUGUCUUUGUGGAUCUGGAACCCACUGUGAUUGAUGAGGUGCGGACUGGCACUUACCGCCAGCUCUUCCACCCUGAGCAGCUCAUCAGUGGCAAGGAGGAUGCAGCCAACAACUUUGCCCGCGGUCACUAUACCAUUGGCAAGGAGAUUGUUGAUCUCUGUCUCGACCGCAUCAGGAAGCUUGCAGACAACUGCACUGGUCUCCAAGGCUUCCUUGUGUUCAAUGCUGUUGGGGGUGGAACUGGAUCCGGUCUUGGUUCUCUUCUCCUUGAGCGGCUCUCUGUUGACUAUGGAAAGAAGUCCAAGCUUGGGUUCACCGUGUACCCAUCUCCUCAGGUCUCCACCUCUGUCGUUGAGCCAUACAACAGUGUCCUGUCCACCCACUCUCUUCUUGAGCACACUGAUGUGGCUGUCCUUCUCGACAAUGAGGCCAUCUAUGACAUCUGCCGCCGUUCUCUUGAUAUUGAGCGCCCAACCUACACCAACCUCAACAGGCUUGUCUCUCAGGUCAUAUCAUCACUGACUGCAUCCCUGAGGUUUGAUGGUGCUCUUAAUGUUGAUGUUAAUGAGUUCCAGACCAACCUUGUGCCCUAUCCAAGGAUCCACUUCAUGCUUUCAUCCUAUGCCCCAGUGAUCUCUGCUGAGAAGGCUUACCAUGAGCAGCUUUCUGUUGCUGAGAUCACCAACAGCGCCUUUGAGCCUUCCUCCAUGAUGGCAAAGUGUGACCCUCGCCAUGGCAAGUACAUGGCCUGCUGUCUCAUGUACCGUGGUGAUGUUGUGCCCAAGGAUGUGAAUGCAGCUGUUGCCACCAUCAAGACUAAGCGCACUAUCCAGUUUGUUGACUGGUGCCCCACUGGCUUCAAGUGUGGCAUCAACUACCAGCCACCUAGCGUUGUCCCAGGUGGUGACCUUGCCAAGGUCCAGAGGGCAGUGUGCAUGAUCUCCAACUCCACCAGUGUUGUUGAGGUCUUCUCCCGCAUUGACCACAAGUUUGAUCUCAUGUACGCCAAGCGUGCCUUUGUCCACUGGUAUGUGGGUGAGGGCAUGGAGGAGGGAGAGUUCUCUGAGGCCCGUGAGGAUUUGGCUGCCCUGGAGAAGGAUUAUGAAGAGGUUGGUGCAGAGUUCGACGAGGGUGAUGAAGGCGAUGAGGGCGAUGAGUACUAGAGCCUGUAUCCUGUUGCAAUCCCAAGGCCUGCUAUUGCUGUUAUCCUGUGAUCUGCCAUGAGUGGCUUUAUCUGGUGUUAUCUGUCUGUCUAAACAUUUGAUUUGUGAUGGUUGGUUUACAACCUGUUGUGUUGUAAGGACCUGUGGUUGCUUGGCACCUUUGUUAUUAUGCAUGUUAUGUGGUUGUCUACAC